AUGGCUGAUUCAGAAACUAUCGCGAACUUCGCGAGCAUCACGGGGGCGAACGACACGGCUGCCAGGCGCAUGCUAGAGUUGUGCGGCGGUGAUAUCGAGCAAGCCGUCCAGCUCUGGUUUACCGACGAAGAGCUCCAGCGCACGCUUUCCAACCCCGCGACAGAGGCGGCUCCCACUGCCGCUUCUCGAUCCGCUGGCGCCUCUCGCUCGUCGAGCAGGCCCAACCGCCCCAACGUCGGUCGUGAAGACGCUGCCGGUGUUAUUCACAUCGACUCGGACGACGAUGAUAUUCAGAUGACGGAAGAUGACGACUUGGGACAAUUCGACGACUCGGACGAUGAGACGACGAGGGCAGCCAAUAUUGCCCAGAGGGCACAGGAAGAGGAGGAUGCCGCCAUGGCAAAGCGACUACAAGAAGAGAUGUACGGUGGUGGCGGUGGUGGAGGAUCCAGAGCUGGAGGCCCAAUGGGCGAGGACGAUGUUCGUGCUCCCAUGUCUCGAACGACAGAGACUCUCGUUGCUCCAGGAGGUUUUGGCGGAGACGACGAUGAGAUGAUGUUUGAGCAUUUCCGGCAGGAACAGGCAAGGGCGAGGCAAGCUCGGGCUGGGCGACCCGGUAACCCGUUCGCGCAGCCUACUGUUUGGGAUCAGCCUCCCGAUCCCGCCCCCGGUGCCGCUGCCGGCGGUGUGGUCUCGCCUCCUACGGGAGCUGCUGCAACGCGGGCUGGCCGUCUGGCAGAGCUUUUCCGCCCCCCGUACGAGUUGAUGGCACAUCUUACCUGGGACGAGGCGCGUGACGAGGGCAAGGAGGAGAAGAAGUGGAUUAUGGUUAAUCUCCAGGAUAUGGCUGAUUUCAACUGCCAAGCCCUCAACCGCGACAUUUGGAAGGAUGGGCCGAUUAAGGAGCUUGUUAAGCACAACUUCAUAUUUCUGCAGUACGACAAGGCCGACCGCUCGGCCGAGCAGUACAUCUCCUUUUACCUCCCGAACCAGACACACGAAAACCCCCAGAACUACCCUCACGUCUCGAUUAUCGAUCCCCGCACAGGCGAGCAGGUCAAGGUGUGGAGCGGCAUUCCGUUCCCCAAGCCGCUCGAGUUCCACGCCCAGUUGGCCGAGUUCCUCGAUAGGUAUAGCUUGGAGGCCCACGCUAAGAACCCUGUCCUCAAGGCGAAGCAGCCCAAGCAGGUGGUGGAUGUGGACAGGAUGACGGAGGAGGAGAUGCUCGAGAUGGCACUCCGCAACAGUCUUGAGAACGGAGGCGAUAGCAGCUCUUCGGCGCCCAAGGUCCACGACCCCGAUGCCCUUACCAGGCCGACAGACUCGGCCAAGGGCCAGGAGCGAGCCGACGAAGAGCCUGCCCAAGCGGCACCCGAGCCCGAGCCCGAGGCUCCCGCCGCAGAGGAAUCUAUUUUCGCCCAAAUCGCCUCGGACCGACCGCAUGUCGAACCCCCUGUUGACCCUGCCACCGUGACGAGAGUGCAGAUCCGCAACCCCCCACAGCGCAUCGUUCGCCGGUUCAGACUUGACGAACCCGUGCGCCGUAUGUACGAGUGGCUCAAGGCCGAGCCCCUGGAGGGCAAGGUGGGACUCGAGUUUGAGCUCAAGUCGAUGCCUGAAGGUGCCAACCUGCUUGACGUUAUUGAUCAGACGAUUAAGGAGGCUGGCCUGGCGAAUGGUACUGUCAUGGUGGAGUUCAUUGAGGAUUAG